CCGGGUCCUCUGCGGGUCCUCCAGUGUUUGCAGCCUGUUUGUUUCACCGGGUUGUAUUUGAGUUUGUUUCCCCCGGUUGUUGUUUAUUUGUUGUUGUUGUUGACUCACAUCGUUUCACCCGUAAAUCAAUGACACCAGCUUAAUAUUCAUUUGAGUUUUUAUACUUAAGUGAUGAUAUAUGUACAUUGUUUAAGUACAAAUACAAAAAUAAAGGUAAAACAAAUGUGUAGAUGAUGCAUUAAUGAAACUAUUGCACGAGUUGUUGUUGUUGACUUUAAGAACUUAUUAGUGGUGUUUGUUUGAAUACAACAGCCCGCUGUUUGUCUCCCCGUCCCGCUGCGCAGCACGUGCUGCGUGAAAAGGGCUCGUCACGCGUUAAUUGUGUAAUUGAGAAACCUGUUGUUGUUGUUGUUGUUGGUUUGUGUAGAGCGGGAAGUUGUUGUGCUGUUUUAUUCCGCCUCCUCCCCGUUUGCGGGACAGAUGUGGUGAUUCGGUAAAUCAGCUGUAACGGAGAGAGAUUCGUGAGGAUUUAUUGUUCGUUUAAUGCGCCUCAUAAAAGGUGUAAAACAGGUCGCUCAUUAAAUGUCGUUUGACGGGACAAAAACAGGCUGUUUAAAUGCUGCAUGCUGAGAAUAUUUAGCAUUUUUUCCCCCCAUAAAUGUCUGAAAUGGUGAAACCGACUAAUAAACUAAUAGAUUAAUGGAUUCAUCUUGUUUCCACUCAAAUCUCCUCUUAAACAGAUGUGAUGAGAUCACUUAUAUGCUUAAAUAUUCAGAUAGAAUUAGAUUAAACUAAGUACAUAUUCCUGUCCCCUGUGCACGUAUUUCAUGUCAGUUAUUGAGGAUUCUUGUUUUUAAGUCUUUUGUUUACAUCCAACACGCUGGAUGACCUCAUCCUACCGUCUGCAGAUAAAUGUGAUCGAACAAUAACUGAACUAUUUUAUUUACGACUAGAAGAAAAACGUCCAAAUCGUUCGUGCAAAACGGAAAGAUCUUCUUUUAAUACCCACAAUGCCUCUGGUUUGUGACCAGAUGUUUGGCGCUCUGUGUGACGAUAACGAUACAGGUGAGGCAGGGACGAGCGUUGUGUGUCUCUGCACACGAAACACGUCGGUUCCUCGAUGAGGUCACGAGCUGUGAGAUUGUGUUGCAAUUUGUCAUCUCGCUGGUUCUGUACAAAAUACAGCUGGACGUCUUAAUUGGAUUUUUAUACAUUUCAACUACUGGCGGCUUUAAACUCGAUGAUACGAAAUGAUAUAAAAUGAAAACAUUGCUAAUUACUAAAAUGUAAAAUAAAUAAAUAAAUAAAUGCACGUUUGUAUUCUAGUUUUUAGGAAACGUGUAUUUGUUUGUGUCUCCUGGACUCAAUGUGCUGGAAAGCUGUUGGGCAGAAGCAGCAUGUGCAGCCGGCCAGACGGUAAUCAGUCAGUGAAUAAUGAGCGCACACACACACACACACACACACACCGCUCAUUGACAGCUGUUUGGUAUCUUUGUGUGUGUGUGUGUGUGUGUGUUAACUCUAUCAGCGGAGUGCAGCUGCAUGCCGGCCUGUAGCAAUUAUGUCCUCACUAAAUACGAGCCUGUGUGUGUGUGUGUGUGUGUGUGUGUGUGUGUGUGCGCGCGCACACUAAGUGAUUGACUUACUCAAAGGAUAGCCGCAUGAUGUGUGUGUGUGUGUGUUAAAGCGCACACGCUGUUUGAACUGUGUGUAAUACACACCAGCUCGGGGACUUUAACGUGAGCCUCUCGGAGUGUUUUCAGACAGACACACACACACACACACACACUCACUAUCAAACACGCGCUUUCUCCGUGUGUCGGGCUUUACACAACACACACUUUCUUCCACACGCACACACACACUUGCUCAGACACAUGCUCUGUUCUCAGGGCGCAUAUGUAUUUAUCCCAACAUGUGACCCGAUCGCUCUCUGAGAUCCUCAAAGGCUCUGUUGUGUUCACACACACACACACACACACACACACACACACACACACGCAGACCUAUAAACGCUCACUAACCCCAUUAGUAGCCACAGGCCUUCUCACGGUUAAUUUGCUGCUCAAUAGGUCAGGAGGAAAAGCAGACAUCCAGCAAACACGCACACGCGCACACGCUUGAGUCAUGCGGCUCGGCUGCUUGUGCGUCUCCCGGACAAACCACGACGCCGGUGAUCCAAGGAGUCAUCAGAGCGCCUCUCGGGGGGGGGGGGGGGGGGGGGACACCGGCGUGGUCGUGGCGGUCCGAGGGAAGCCGCCCGUUUUGGCCGUCCGUCCUCUGAGGGAGUGUGAAGGAGACCGAACCCAGCCGGCCUUCUUCUGCGCUGCUCCUCUUCCUCAGUUGCAACAGAGGUCCCAUGGAGAUGAUAUGAACUCCACACAGGCGGAGAAGCUUCCUAAAUACAGGAAACGCUCCAAAGAAUGUUAAGACCAUUUUGUGUGGGAAUGUUCAUUUGCUAAGCUAAGCUAAGCUAAUCACCUGCUUCACAUUUAGCACAAGAAAAUCGGAAUGUUUCCAAAUAUCAAACGUAGACGCAAACUUUUUAUCGUCACGUCUGGACCGAUCCAGUCUGGUGUUAGGCGACCUCUGACCUCCACGGCGUAGCCUCCGUCCCCUCCUGUCCCGCUGUGAUGACGUCUCUUAACGCCUCCUCUUUCCCUGCAGGUGUUCCACCUGGUGAUGACCUCGCUGCUGUUCCCUGGCAACGCCCGCGCUGCGAUGAAGGACCUCUCCUCCUCGUCCUCGUCUCCUCUGGGCUCCCUGCUCCACUACCCGUCGUCCAAGACCUCCGCCGCGCCGUUCUCCCCGUCUCCCGCCGCCGUCUCCUCCUCGUCCUCGUCCCCCUCCCCGCCCGGCCUGUCGCUGCCGCCCCCGGCGCCGCUCUCCAAGCCGCAGCCCUUCUGCCUGCAGACGGGGCCCCACCUCCUCGCCAGCAUGCAGCUGCAGAAGCUCAACUCGCACUACCAGAGCCUGGCCGGCGCCUCGGCGGGGCACUCGGCGCCCGCCGGCUCUCUCAAGGACUACGGGGCCUCGCCCUCUGGGCCCGUCGGGAACCAGCUCCUCGGGGCCCCAGGGGGCCUCGGCGGGAACCAGAGCGCGGCCCGGCGGCUCAUCGACUUGUCCGGUGAGAAGGAGGUCACCAUGUCGCUGGUGGGGAAGCUGGGCCUGGACCGGACCAACGAGCUGUCCGAGCUGUGCGGGGCCCAGAACGAGUUUGUCUUCAUGGCCAACGUGCCGGGCGGGGUG